AUGGAGCCUCUUGAAUCAGAAUCCGUCUUCUUCAUGAAGUUGGGUCUCUCAGGCAAUUUGAUCGCUCUCUUUGUGGCUACAGUUUCGAUCUAUGCAGUUGUCACCAUCCACGCCUAUUGGCUGCCUAUGGCACGAUCACCUCUCAAGGCUGUUCAAGGACCCCCAACCAAGCAUUGGUUUUUUGGCUUCAUGAACUCUACAGAAGCCCAAACUUUGCAAAUGUCACCUCUGCUGCUCAAAUUAUGUGCAAAGUUUGAGGGCGUUUGGGCCUCUCCGUUUACAAAUCGGAAACCGACCUUGGUCCUUGGCGAUCUCGCUGGCAUCCACCAUGUACUCAAUAACUCUCAAACGUACACGCGCUCUCAAGCGCAGAUGCGCACCACUCGCCUUGUCUUUGGCGACGGCUUGGUGGCGGUCGAUGGGGAGCAGCAUAAACGGCAGCGACGGGCCGUUGGACCUGGAUUUAGCACCUCAGCCAUCAAUGGAAUGAUGCCAGCGUUCCGAGAUCUUACAGGAAAGCUAGCAGCGCGCUGGCACAAGAGUUGCCAGGACGCCCCUUCCAGUUCCAAGCCAGACGCAAGGGGCGCGGCCAUCGAAAUAAAUGCAUAUGGAGACUUUGAGAAGCUCUUCAUGGACAUUAUCGGAGAGACUGGAUUCCAGUACAGAUUCGGCUCGCUGGAGGGUCACAGAUCCGAGCUUGAAGCUGCAUUCGUCGAUGUGACACAUCACGCAGCCACCGGGUCGCUGUACUCGCUUCUGAGAUCCCAGUUUCCAAUCGUUGAGACAUUAGGCCACUGGUUCGUUCGCGAACAGAUUGAGCUGAAUCGACUCCGCCGAAACAUUCAACACGUUAGUAUGCGGUUAGUCAAGAACGCCAAGGCACAUCUUGAAGCGAACGGUGAGGACAAUGUCAAAUCAAAGAGACAAGAUAUCCUCGCCCUGCUUGUGCAGGCCAAUCUCCAAGAAGAUGCCAAGCACCGUCUAGAUGAUGACGAAAUCGUCUCCAUCAUUCCUACACUGCUGUCUGGAGGCUACGACAACAAUGCAUCUGCCAUGGCGUAUGCAGUCAUGGCCAUGGCUCAAACCCCUUCCACUCAGACGCGCCUGCGAGAGGAACUGCUCGCCCCGCCUUCGGGGUGCGAAAACUGGAAAAGCGAUUGGAAAGCGCUUGAUACACUGCCAUACCUAGACGCCAUGUGCCGAGAAGUACUGCGCCUCUACAGCCCGGCACACUCCAUCCCCCGCACAUGCGCCAAGGACGACGUGAUUCCUCUCAGUAAGCCCAUCAAGCUUCGCGAUGGGAGCGUGGCGAGCGAGAUCCGCAUCGGUCGCGGCGACGACGUCGUCAUUCCGCAAAAGUGGAUGAACGUGGAUCCUGCGCUCUGGGGCUCCGAUACCGACACGUUCAAGCCUGAGCGCUGGCUUCAGGAUGAGAAGCACAAGUACUACGUCGGAGGCUUGAACCCAGUGAUUUCCGGCCAGAAGCAUUCGGGAUGGAGCAGCUUGAUGACCUUUUCGGUCGGUCCCAGAAACUGCAUUGGCUAUAAAAUGGCAGUGGCCGAGAUCAAAGUCAGCAUGGCUGUUUUGGUAGCAGAGUUUGAGUUUCUUGAGCACAAGGGCAUGAAGGAUGUGUAUGGUGAGGUCCAGAUUGUCGACAGGCCUCGCGUGCAAGACGUCAAGGGGUACUAUAUGCCAUGCUGGGUGAAGCCAAUUGAGCAAUAG